AUGCCGACAUGGCAGGACAGCAAAAACGAAAAGACGGCCUCUUGUCGGUCUCAAUUCCCAUCCUCUUCAAAGGGUCUCCAACCUCUGGAAGCAGACAGAAUGGAUCUACGACACCUCUUUGCCAAUAGACUCAUGCCUGUCGCCUUUGCGCUGCCAUGGGUCGUGAGCAUGAUCAUAUCCUGUAUCCCAUUUACCCGAAUUAAUUUAUUCGAGGCUCCAGAUUUUCUUAUUUUGGCUGCGCUUGUUAGCAUCGUCGAAGUCCUCAGUAUUGUCGCAGUCUUUAUCUACACAGCCCUCCGCACCGACAACGAGACAAACAGCAUCUUCAAAGAGAAGUGCCUACGAGCUUGGUUCUGGUUUCUUUUCAUCAGUCCCUUUGUCACUGGUACCAUGGUUGUUCUCAUGGCUAGCGACAUUUCGUGCGACCCAGAGGAUGAUUUGGACAUGCACCAGCCAAUCUGCCAAGUUGGCAUUCGUCUCAUUAAAGCCACAGCAUUGUGCCGAGCAGGAAUAAUCGCUACCUUUCUUUUUGCGACAUCGUCCUGGCUUGAGCAGCGUCCCCGACAACCCGUCGACGAGUAUUAUGACCCUAUUGAAGAAGCCUGA